AUGUCAAUUAAUCAGUUGCAGGAUCUUCAGUUUCAAUUGAAGUUUGUCACAAAACAGUUUGCAAAGAACUCUACGCGAUGUGAAAAGGAGCAAAAACAGGAGAUGCGCAAGUGCAAGCAGGCAAUGGAAAAGGGGAACAUGGAUGGGGCCCGUAUCUUUGCACAGAACAGCAUACGGAAGAAGAACGAAUCCAUUAACCAUCUUCGUCUCGCGGCUCGCAUGGAUGCUGUUGUGUCACGGUUGGAUACUGCCAUAAAGAUGAAGAUGGUGACGAAGGGCAUGGGACAAAUGGUGAAGGGCAUGGACAAGGUGCUCAACGCAAUGAAUCCAGAGGCCAUCUCAAACCUCAUGGACAAGUUUGAGAAACAGUUUGAGACAAUGGAUGUUACCUCGGAAUAUAUGGAGAACGCAAUCGGGCAAACAACGGCCACAAGUAUGCCAGAGGAUGAGGUAAACACGCUGAUGGCGCAGGUGGCAGAUGAACACGGCCUAGACAUCAAACAGCACUUGGAUGAUAAGAUUAGAAUUAGCAAAACGAACCCCAUGGCGCUAGCUCCUGUGGAGCAUGCCGACGAUGAAACAGACAAUCUGGAGGAGCAGUUUGCUCGACUACGAGGGAAGUAG